AUGGCUUCAAUCGACCUAGGCCCUUUGGCAAUGAGUCAAACAAAAGACGACCUGGUAAAGCACCUCAACAUCGGUGCAGAGACUUAUACCCUGAUGGCGAAGGAGACGGAUAAGGUUUAUAGGUGGCUUAUAUCGAAGAAAGGUCACCUCAAGAAGAACUGCAAAGGAAAACCUCCGUACGAUUGGAGCGAUAUUGUCGAGAGAUCGAAGGAUGAGGCCAUGAAAUUGAUAGCACAAGGAGGGACUGAUGAGACUGUAUACUACUGGAACUUAGCCAGGCCAACGCCUGACUGUCCAAAUUGGAUCGCUCGAUGGUUUUUAUAUCACAAAUUCCGCUAUCGCGAUGGGAGGAACCGCAAUUUGAAAGCAGAUAAUAGGGAUACGGUCACAUUUCAUUCCGCGGCUCCUCCACCACAACAUCAUCAUCAUAGUCAUCGACAUUCGCACCACACAUAUUACACACAUCACAGAACAGUACACGAAGUCGAGGACCACCACAGUUACUCUUCGUAUUAUCCAGGUGCGUCCAUGAAUACAGACCCUUUGCACAGUAGUAUUGGCACUAGUCAAGCACUGAAUCAAGAUUUGGAGCUCCCUUCUAACUAUAGACAGGAGAAGGCCAGGGAACCUAAUUCGUCUACCAGUGAAUAUGGCACUUACUCAUCGAGUCAAACGUAUGCACCGUACACAUCCUCAUACGCAGUGUACACAUCGUCGGUCGCUCGAGACAAUGGACAGGUCAAGCCUUAUGAUCCGGUUAGAGAUCUUUAG